GCCCGCGGGGCGCGAGGAACCCAGGGGAGGGCGCGAGGCGCGCGGGCCCGGGAGCGCGCGCGACGCCGGCAACCUCGCUCGGCCCCAGGUCACCGCCCGUGUCGCCGGCUGAGGCGGCCGCUGCGGCCGGCGUCGAGGGCGUGGUGGCUCCGGGUGGUGAGGGUCUGUCCGCCCCAGGCCGCGCUCGUGGGCACCCCCCCUCGGGCCUCUCCCCACGAGCGCACAGCACUAUCUGGCAGGCAUCCUAGAACUUUUACCCACAGAGAAGAUGCUCCGAGACAGCCUGAAAUCUUGGAAUGACAGCCAGUCAGACCUCUGUAGCAGCGACCAGGAGGAGGAAGAGGAGAUGGUCUUCGGUGAAAAUGAGGACGAACUGGAAGAGAUGAUGGACCUAAGCGACCUGCCCACCUCGCUUUUCGCUUGCAGUGUCCAUGAAGCGGUGUUUGAGGUCCAAGAGCAGAAGGAGAGGUUUGAGGCCCUGUUCACCCUCUAUGAUGACCAGGUCACAUUCCAGUUGUUCAAGAGCUUUCGCAGAGUGAGGAUCAACUUCAGCAAACCGGAGGCCGCGGCGAGAGCGAGGAUAGAGCUCCACGAGAGUGAGUUCCACGGCCGGAAGUUGAAGCUUUACUUUGCCCAGGUGCAGGUGUCCGGGGAGGCUCGGGACAAGUCCUACUUACUGCCACCACAACCCACCAAGCAAUUCCUCAUCUCCCCUCCCGCCUCACCCCCCGUGGGGUGGAAGCAGAGCGAAGACGCAAUGCCAGUGAUCAACUAUGACCUGCUCUGUGCUGUCUCCAAGCUGGGCCCAGGGGAGAAAUAUGAACUGCACGCGGGAACCGAGUCCACCCCCAGUGUGGUGGUGCAUGUCUGUGAGAGCGAAACUGAAGAGGAAGAAGACACAAAAAAUCCGAAACAGAAAAUCACGCAGACGCGGCGCCCGGAAGCUCCCACGGCGGCACUGAGUGAACGGCUCGACUGUGCGCUGUGAGCGGCCUGUGUGUCCCACUACUACCGCCGCGCCUGCCGUGGAGCACACAGGGAUGCGGCUGCAUCUGUCAGGCAGUUGGGCCAGCCUCCCCAGGCUGGAACGUGGGGUGGAGUAGCAGAUUCGGCCAGCUGUUUGAAAUUCUGAACAGUAUUCUCAAUGGCACUUUAAGUGACAAGGUUAGCCCUGACCAUGUGGCACCUGUCUCCUCCCCCAGAAAUAUUAGUUCCCUUGAACCUGUAGAGCAUUGGGUACCACAGGCCAGAAGUAGAGUCACCCAGUGCACUGCCAUUUUUACAGAUUUAAAAAUUAAUCUUACGAUUUCAGUACUUUGGUGUGGGUAUUUUUGUACAGGUGUGGCAGUGUCAUAACAAAUCUAUUGAGGAAAGGCAAAGUGUUGUUCUGUAGACAUGACCUCUUUUUUUUGGUUGCACGAGAAGAAACCUGAGAUACAAAAUCAUUUGUAGAAGUCAUUUCUCUCAAGUAUUUUUUCACUAGCUUUGAGGAUGAAAGGCCAAAUGACUGAGAUUGUCAGAUCCAGAUGUCAUGGGCAGAUGUGCUCUUGGCUCUCCUGGCUGUCCAUCUGCCCUGGCUCUCUUGGCUGUCCAUCUUACUUGGCAGUCAGUGACAGUGGUGUACAGAACUCUGCUCCCAGCUCAGCCCUUCCCAGCCUCGGCUCUGCUGGAGGAACCCGACCUUUGCCAGUGGGAUGUGUCACCGGGAAGCUUGGCUGAGGACUACGUAGUUGGAGCUUGCACGGCAGCUCUUCAGUCACUCUCUUUACCUUAAUGCUGGCCUGCUACUGCUUGAGGUUUCCUGUGCUGUGUGUGUAAUCAUGGACAUUAGUCGGUCUUAACUUUAGAAGAUAAUGAUAAGACUUUGUGAAGACCACUUUAAAUUGGGGGAGCCUGUUUGUUUUUGUUUUCUUCAAAGACAGGGUUUCACUUUGUAGCUCCUGGGCCUCACGUCCCCUGUGAUCCUCCUGCCUCAGCUUCCCAAGUGCUAGAAUUACAGGGGUGAGCACUACACACUUCCAAGAUUUCCAUUCAAGUAUUUCAGCUGUUCGGAAUGAAAAAUUACCUGUACUUUUCCCCAUGGACUAGGGAGAGUAAACAUUCUUUUGGGGGUGGUUGAGUUUGUUUGGUUGGUUGGUUGGUUGGUUUUGAGACAAGAUUUCACACCGUAGCUCAGGCUAGCCUGUGACUUCCCCCUUUAACGGACAUUUCCACCUUUGCUUGCAGUUGGUCCUCAGAUAGAAUUGCUUCUUACACUUGAAGAUGUGCUGUUUGGGCCUCCAUAGGUUGCUCAGCCUCACUGGUCCCUCACAGGCUUUCCUGCCUUUGAGUACCGGGCUACAGGCACAUCAGCCGCUCCACUCAUCCAACUGUUCUUACACAGCAAGUGUUCAGAGCUGGCUGGCCUAAGUGAAGGGGCUGGGCAUAGACCAGAGAGGAACAUAGCUGCUACUGCAAAGAAAGGAACGUAGAGAACUGAAGCCAUGAGAGCCAUGUACAUGUUAGGGCUGGGUCUUUUUUGUGGUAGGAUUGAUCUCAUGGUCGUGCAUACGUGCCCACAUGUGCACACACACAUGUGCAUUGUGUUUCUUAUUAAAACAGGGUCUCCUGUAGUCCAGGUUGAAUUCAAGCUUGCUGUGUCCCAAGGAUGACCUUGAACUCCUGCCUCUGUCUCCUAAGUGCUAGGACUGCGGGUGUGUGCCACCAUACCUAAUAAGAACAGGACAGGUGUCCCUGGCCUUCGGAUCCUGUCGAAUGCUGGAUUCUGCAUUUGCCAUUGGAAAGCCUUUGUGUAGAUUCAGUUGAAGAUUAAGAUUCCACCCGCACUGGUUUUUAGAUCCAAGUCAUCUGCCAGAUAAAGUGAGUUUUGUUUUGAGGUGCCAUCUCAUGUGGCCCAGGUUGGUCUCAAACACCAGGCCUCAGUGGGUCUUCCCAAUUGACUGGAUCCAGGCACACGUUGCCGCCGUGAUCCUGAGACUUUGAAGGCAAAUACAGUAGAUCAGGAAUUCAAGGUCAUCCUUGGCUUCACAGUGCUUUGCAGUGCUGAGCUCAGCAGGUUGCUUCUUUGUAAGGAGGUUGCUUGAUUGUAAGGUAGACCCUCGCUGCCAGCAAGUGUGUUCUCAACUGUUGGGGAGUUGUGUGUUCCCAUUAUAUAGUACAUAUAAUAUAUAGUACACAUGCUCUCUAAUUUUCCAAGUGAUCCUAACCCAGUUUUAAAAUUUGUCUUGGCUUUCAUUUUCUACCCAUCAAUUAAAGAACAUCUGUUGCUGUCGGGUUUUUUUUUUAA